AGUUGAUUUUUAAAUAAAGAUCCACUAUGGCAGUAAUAACAACGUACUUACUUUACCUUAUAAUUGUCGUAGUUUCCGUGGCAUUAUAUUUUAUUAAACGCAACCUUAAUUAUUGGAAAGAUCUGGGUAUACCUCACGAAGAACCGCAUUUGUUAUGGGGCAAUUUAAAGGGUUUACGUACUAAAUACCAUAUUAGUGAAAUAGCAGCAAAUUAUUAUAGAAAAUUUAAGGGCAGCGGUCCAUUUGCGGGUUUACUUUUUAUGCAACGUCCAGGUGUGGUGCUAUUGGAUAAAACUCUUAUCAAAAAUGUGCUCAUUAAAGAUUUCAAUAAUUUCACCGAUCGUGGUUUAUACUAUAAUGAGAAAACGGAUCCUUUGUCGGGACAUUUAUUUUUAAUAGAUGGCCAAAAGUGGAAAAUUUUAAGAAAUAAACUAUCACCCACAUUUACUUCGGGCAAAAUGAAAUAUAUGUAUCCUACUUUGUUAAAAGUGACCGAUCAACUUAUUAGUGUUAUGAAAGAGAAAGUAAACCAGGAUCCUAUGGUUAAUAUGCACGAUAUGCUGGGACGUUAUACCACUGACAUUAUAAGUAGCUGUGCUUUUGGCAUUGAGUGCAAUAGUUUGGGUAAUCCUAAUUCAGAAUUUCCCCGCAUGGGUAAAAAGUCCAUAAAAGAACAGAGACACAAUACUAUUGUCAUGGCCUUGAUAGAAAAUUUCCCUCGUUUGGCACGUAAACUGGGCAUGCGCAUAUUCCCCGAAGAUGUUCAUCAAUUCUUUAUGAGAACUGUAAAGGAUACUAUAGCCUAUAGAAAAGAACAUAAAAUACAAAGAAAUGAUUUCUUAAAUAUUUUACUUGAAAUGAAAAAUAAUGAAAAUGAUAAAUCGGCUCUAGGUGGUUUAAGUAUUGAAGAAAUCUGUGCCCAAGUAUUUGUGUUCUUUCUGGGUGGAUUUGAAACCUCAUCUUCAACUAUGACAUAUGCUUUACAUGAAUUGGCUCAACAGCACGAAUUGCAAGAACGUUUAAGACAAGAGGUUAAUGAGGUAUUUGAAAAUAGUUCGGAUGGUAAAAUAACAUAUGAAGAUCUAAAAAAUAUGAGCUAUUUACAUCAAGUGAUAUCAGAGACUCUGCGCAAACAUCCCGUUGUAGCCCAGCUGCAUAGACAGCCUCUUAAUGAUUAUGUAGUCCCUGGCUUUCCCCAGUAUGUGAUUAAAAAAGGCAUGCCUAUUUUAAUACCCGUACUGGGUUUACAACAUGACCCUGAGCUAUUUCCCCAACCAGAAGUAUUCGAUCCUGAACGUUUUAUACCCGAAAUGAUCAAACAACGUGAUUCGGUGGACUACAUGCCGUUUGGUGAUGGCCCUCGCAAUUGUAUUGGUGAACGUUUUGGUCAAAUGCAAACACGUUUAGGUUUAGCAUAUCUAAUAAGAAAUUUCCAAUUCUCCACAUGUCCCCAGACUGAAAUACCCCUAGUUAUUGAUCCCAAAGCCAUGGCAUAUGUACCGAAAAAUAAUGUUUAUCUGAAAUUAGAGGAAAUAAGUUGCUUUUCGGUGGCAUUAUAUUUUAUUAAACGUAAUCUAAAUUAUUGGAAAGAUCGGGGUAUACCACAUGAAGAACCUCACCUUAUAUGGGGAAAUUUAAAGGGUUUGCGCACCCAGUAUCAUAUUGGAGAAAUAGCAGCAAAUUAUUAUAGAAAAUUUAAGGGCAGCGGUCCCUUUGCGGGUUUACUUUUUGUACAACGUCCAGGAGUAGUGCUACUGGAUAAAGCUCUUAUCAAAAAUGUGCUUAUUAAAGAUUUCAAUAAUUUCACCGAUCGUGGUAUGUACUAUAAUGAGAAAUCAGAUCCCUUGACAGGCCAUUUAUUUUUGGUGGAUGGCCAAAAGUGGAAAAUUUUAAGAAAUAAACUGUCACCCACUUUUACUUCGGGCAAAAUGAAAUUUAUGUAUCCUACUUUACUAAAAGUGACCGAUCAAUUUAUUAGUGUAAUGAAAGAAAAAGUAAAGGAGGAUGCUAUUGUCAAUAUACAAGAUAUGUUGGGACGUUAUACCACCGACAUUAUAAGUAGCUGUGCUUUUGGAAUUGAAUGUAAUAGUUUGGUUAAUCCUAAUUCGGAAUUUCCUACAAUGGGCAAAAAAGCUAUGAGGGAACAGAGACACAAUGCUGCGGUCAUGGCCUUGAUUGAAAAUUUCCCGCGUUUAGCGCGUUAUGAUACUUCUUCAGCAACCAUAACUUAUGCUUUAUACGAACUGGCUCAACAGCCCAAAUUGCAGGAACAUUUAAGACAAGAGAUUAAUCAGGUGUUUGAAAAUAGCGAAGAUAACCAAAUAGCAUAUGAAGAUCUAAAGGAUUUGAAAUAUUUACUACAAGUAUUAGCGGUUCCCGGUCAUCCUAAGUAUGUGAUUAAAAAACACAUGCCUAUUUUAAUACCUGUACUGGGAUUGCAUCAUGAUCCUGAAUUCUACCCCAAACCUCAAGAAUACGAUCCUGAACGUUUUACCCCCGAACUAGCCAGACAACGUGACUCUAUGGAGUAUUUACCCUUUGGAGAUGGUCCCCGCAAUUGUAUUGGUGAACGUUUUGGUCAAAUGCAAACACGUUUAGGUUUAGCUUAUUUAAUUAGAAAUUUCCAUUUCUCUACUUGUUCUCAGACCGAAAUACCCAUUAUAUCUGAUCCGAAAUCUUUUACAUAUUUACCGAAAAAUAUAGUUUAUUUAAAGGUGGAGGAAGUAAUAUCAGCCGUUUUACUUGAUUUGGAUUUAAUUAAGAAUGUCUUAAUCAAGGACUUUGGCAGUUUUCAAGAUCGUCAUGCUUUUCAUAAUGUGGAAGAAGAUCCCUUAACAGGACAUUUGGUAAAUUUGGAGGGAGAAGAAUGGCGUGCCAUGAGAGCAAAACUAACACCGGAAUUUUUCCGAGACUUUAAGAACAGAGUUAGCCAACAGCUUAGAUCAGGUAUUAGAAAUAAAAGAUCUUUGUGCCAGAUUUACUACAGUUUUUACUAUCGUUUGGCUAAUAAUAUCAAACGUAAUGAUUUCAUAGAUUUAUUAAUAGAAUUAAAAAGUAAAACUGAUCAAUUAGAACACAAAGCUCACGGAAUAGAUUUGUCACAAGGUUUGACCAUCGAGCAAAUGGCAGCCCAAAACUUUGUAUUUUUCCUAGGAGGUUUUGAAACAUCUUCGACUACCAUAUCAUUUUGUCUUUACGAAUUGGCCAAACAUAUGGAAAUACAAGAAAAAUUAAGACAAGAAAUAUAGCAGACGAUUAAGGAAAGCAACAAUGUUAUUACGUAUGAAGGGGUAAAUUCCAUGUUAUAUUUGGAACAAGUUAUAGCAGAAACUCUGCGUCUAUAUCCCGUUUUAAGCAAUUUGGUGCGCUAUACCAAUACUGACUACCGAAUACCCAAUACAGACUUAGUGCUAGAAAAAGGCACCGGUAUAGUUAUACCCAUCUCUGGCAUACACACGGAUCCGGAAUAUUAUGAUGAACCUAUGAAAUUUAAUCCCAAUCGUUUUUUGCCAGAAGAAAUAGAAAAACGUCACAAAGCUGCCUAUUUGCCCUUCGGUAUUGGUCCACGCAAUUGUAUUGGUGCUCGUUUUGCUAAAAUGCAAACUAAAUUGGGUUUAAUUUUCCUUCUUCGCCACUAUCGUGUUGAGUGUUGUGAUCGUACCGAAAUACCUAUAGUAUUGGAUAAGAAAAACUUUAUGAUGGCCCCAAAAAAUGGCGUAUAUUUGAGAAUGGUUGAGGUGUAAUUAUUAGAAAAAUUAAAAUAAAUAUCUUUUAAACUA